AUGAACCGCGAACCAACAGUUAUUUACAACACCUCAUUCCUAGCUGCAGUUGACAAACACAUAGUUAGCUUGCAACGAGCAUUGCGCAUAUAUGUCAUUUGCUCAGGCUCAUUGGCUAGGCAUACCAAGUAUCUCGAACAACUUACAAACACCCUAGGCGACAGAUGCAUUGGAGUCCGCACCGGAAUGAAAUCUCAUACCAAAUGGUCAGAAAUUGUCGAGAUAGCAAGAGAGGUAAAGACACUUCAGGCGGAUAUGAUCAUAACGCUUGGUGGUGGUAGCUUGACCGACGGCGCAAAAAUUGUCGCUUUUGCAGUUGCUAAUGAAGCAAUGGAUAUUGAUUCUCUGCGAACUCUCACCCGAGACUAUCAGGAAACGACAACGGUAAAAUGUGAAUCGCCAGCGAUUCCGAUCGUGGCUAUUCCCACCACUCUGUCUGGCGCCGAAUAUAGUCCGUCCGCUGGAGGAACAGAUGACGUCUCUUGCCAUAAGGCAAGCUUCCUAUGCAGGGCUCCUUCGCUCGUAUUUCUCGACCCAAAGCUAUCUGUCAAGGUUCCGCUGUCCUCCUGGCUAAGCAGUGGCAUUCGUGCUGUCGACCACUGCGUGGAAACUAUGUGCAACUCAAGUUCACCACCCAAAAAUUUGGAAGAUGCAGCAAAAGGUCUCACUUUGCUCGUGCGCGGCCUUUGCCGAUCAAAAUCCGACGAAAAUGACUUAGGAGGCACGGCUCUUGUGUCAAAUUGGUGUGUAACUCUUGGGGCCAGCCACGGGAUUGGACACCAACUCGGGCCAUUUGGUGUCGGCCACGGAAACACAAGCUGCGUUUUGCUCCCUGCUGUUUGCCUCUACAAUCUCCCCGUUAAUCGAGAUGAACAGGAGGUUGUGAAGGAAACGCUCUUUGGUAAUCUCCAGAUAAGAACUAUCCUUCACUCUCGUGGACUGAGCACCGCCGAUACUUUAGGAGGGAUUCUGGACGCAUUAUUGAGGGAUUUAGAGAUGCCAAGGAGUUUGCAUGACGUCGGCUUUCAAGAAGAAAAUCUGCACAAAUUGGUUGCAAACUGUUUGAAAGAUAAGUGGUGUCGAGGCAAUCCUCGGCCGCUCACCACUGCUGAGCAAGUCCUUGACCUCCUCAAAGCAGUGCUGUAA